CUCAGAUAGUUUUGUUUACGAUUCCUGUGGUCCGCAUCGUGAUUAAUAUAAGUAAUACUAAUUUGUCUUUUGUGUGUUCAAUUUGCGUCUACAUUUUAUGCUCAACAAUAGUUCCUACAUCUCACCAAGAUGUUCGAGGGCGCGGUGGCCGGCAUCCUGAACCGGCUGCUGGGCAAAUACGUGCAAGAUCUGGACACGGAGAAUCUCAACGUUGGGAUCUUCUCCGGGAAUGUCAACCUCACUGACCUGAAGCUCAAGCCUGAGGCGCUGUAUGAGCUGGACUUACCAAUUGACGUGAAGAUAGGCACGAUAGGCCGGAUAAGUCUGCAGAUCCCCUGGUCCGGACUGUACACCCAGCCGGUCAUAGUGCACAUUGAGGAUGUGCUGGUGCUCGUGGGGCCCGCUAUAUCAAACAGACAUUUUGAUCCAGAAAGGGAGAAACGCCUCAUGCGGGCGGCCAAAAGAAAGAUUCUACAGGACUUAGAAGCCGAGAGUGAGAUCAUGAAAGGUCCCCAGAACUUCUUCGAGCACUUGUUCACGGCUAUCGUGAAUAACCUCCAGAUUUACGUGAGGAAUGUCCACGUGAGGUAUGAGGACUCCAUCAGCUCGAAGGAUGGACCUUUAGCUUGUGGUCUGUGUUUGCAGAGUCUUUCAAUUGAAACUACGAAUAGCAAAUGGAAACCGUCAGUGACCCCACCCAAUGCGUCGACUGUCUACCAAAUGAUGAGAGUUGAAUCUCUCUCUCUGUACUGGAACCCCACGGCCACGGCGCUUGAUGACAACGAGACAGCCCACAUCACGCCCAUGCAGUAUUACAACUGGAAGCAUUACAUGCUCACUGGAUUAAACAAGUUCUCUAUGCAUCAUGAGGACUUUGAGUUUUUGCUAAAGCCAGUGACGUGCAAAAUCAAAGUGCUGAUCAAUCGUUCUGGAGAGGCACGUGUUCCUAGACUUCUACUGGACGCUGUGCUGGCUGAUAGUGCUCUACAGCUGUCUCGCAGACAGUUUCUCUCCAUAGACAACCUCCUUGCGUCUUUCAGCAGGAUCAAACUGAACAGGAAAUACCGCCACCUUCACCCUGGGGUGCCACUAAGCAAAGACGUAAAGAAAUGGUGGCUCUACGCAUACAACGCUGUCUUAGAACAACGCGUGCGCCCGUUCACAUGGGCGUCAGUGCGGAAACACAGGGAGAAUUAUAAUGAAUACAAACAGACCUAUAAGAGUACCUUGAGGAGUCCCAAUGACACGGAACUGAAGCUGGACCUUCAGAAGUGCGAGGACAGCCUCCCGAUUGUGUCUGUCGUCAUUGCGCGAGAGCACGCUAAGUUCGAGUUGCUGACACAAGAACCAGAUCGCAUUCAAGUCGUAGAAAGCGAGAUAGACUGGUGGCUGCCCACGCUCGACUCUGACGAGGAAGAGAAACACCGCAGCUCCCUGUGCGUCAAGUCUGAGCGGAGUCGAACCCUGUGGAGCCAUCUGUCCAGCCCUGAGAAGAAGAGGGUUUGCGAGCUGAUUGGUUACGUGGAGGGGGAACCCAGGGAUGCUUCUAAACAGUUUAUUGAACACAAAUUAAACUUGACGUUAGCCAACUGUUCGCUAACCUUGAUGAAUAGGAGCAAGGAAGUGCUGGUCGUCACUCUCACUCAGUUCCUCGCCUCGUUGGAAACAAGACCUUCUGCUAAAGCGUAUAAGGUGUCAUGCCGCGCAGAAAGCAUAGUAGUGGAGGGGGUGACGCGCGACGGCGAGCUGGCGGCGCUGGUGAGCGGCGCGCGCGCAGGCGCGGCCGCGCUGCUCGCGCUGGACUUCGACAGGAACCCCGGGGACGCCGACUACGGGCUCUGCUGCGCCGUGGAGCCGCUGGAGUUCCUCUACAUUGAGCACUCUUUCACUGAGCUGAUAAACUUCUUCCAAACCCGUUCGAUGACGACUGAAGACCUGAUGGAGGAAGUCAGCCAGGUGGCAGACAAAGCGGCGGGCGUCAGCAAGUCUGUGCUGGCGUAUGCUGUGAGCAGGAAGAAGGUGUUCCAGCUGAACGUGGAUAUCAAGGGGCCGUGUGUAAUAAUACCGGAGCAUGGGUGUGUUCAGAAAUCCGGCCGAGUAAUGGUCGUGGACAUAAGUCGCAUUCAGGUCAAGUGUGAGUUGCAGCCUCCGAAUCUGACUUUAGAGGACGCCACUUGCAUGGAGCUGGAGGAGAGAUUGUAUGAUAGACUGCACGCCGAUUGUUCUGUACAGGUGCUAUUCUGCGAUUGCACGGACUCGUGGCGAGAGAUGAGGAAACACGCCGACUCUGAGCUCCACCUGGUGCCCAGGAUACGAGCUCAGCUGGUCUUCUCCAACAGCAUCAAGAAAGACUACAAACUUCUACCGCGAUAUAAACUCAACAUAUCUCUAUCAAGUUUCAAAUUAAACCUUUCCGAUCGCAUCAUCGGUCUACUCCUGGAUUUUAUGGACAACCUUCCCGUGCCGGUUCCCAAUACGGUCCCCGUGUCGUUUUUGGACUCCGGAGACUACGUGGAAGAUUUCGAUGACCCAGAGCUGGUGGAAAUCAUGGCCCAGGACUUGGUGAUGGCAGAUCCGGGGUACAGUGAGCUGGUGGAUUUGAGGCAGAGAAUUGUGGCCGCCUAUUUGAGGAGGAACAGGGUAGCAGAAUCUCCUUACGACUCAGCCGGAGCCCGCGCGGGUUUCCAAGAGUCUUCCCAAGCGUUCGUGUCUGCGGACCACAGCGACGAAGAUAUGGAGGUGUACGCCAGAUCCGUAGACCUGCCCGGCUUUGACGACAACGUGUCUCCUAGCAAUAAUAUACUGGUGUUGUUGAGGUUUAUCAUUGGUGAAAUAGUUAUCAACCUUUCCCGCUCCACGGACCAGACGGAGAAACCUUACAUCAUGUUAAGCAUCAGCAAGGUCUGCCUGGAUGUGGCUCUCAUGGAAUUCGGUCCAGCUGUCCAGUUGUCCAUCGGCCAGGCUUUGUUGACUGACAAACAGCAUCACAGCGCCAAUGGACAAUAUCUUGAGUUGCUGACCAGCUCUGGGGAACUCUUCAACUUGUUGUACAGAAAGGUCCGAGCCGACUGCCCAGAGUUCAAGUCCCAUUUUCACAACGUUGAACAAUCGUUGGUCGCGGACGCGGGCCACGUCUCGUUGUUACUACACGCAGAAGCUAUACGAACGUUGUUCAAAUACACACAGUAUAUUUAUGACAAGGUUCAACAUCGGGCCGCACUGAACUUGAACAAGCUGGUGGUCCCUCGAGGUAUGUCCUUGUGGAACUACCUCAUGAGACCAGAGGCCGACCCGCCGGUGCCUUCUGGCGCGACCAAAUUCAGUUAUUCCGUGAGAGUGUCCUCAGUGUCAGUGAAGUUGUGCCAUUUGGACUGUACGCUAGUGGAACUGAAGCUUGCUACUCUGGAAAGCGACUGUGUUUUCCGAGCUAACGACAGAAUGAUAUUCAAGUUAUAUCUGAGCUCGUUACAGCUGGAUGAUUUAUCUGAAACUACUUUGUAUCCAAAGCUUAUAUGGCCCGAUGAAGACAAAGUGCUGGAAUUGAAGUACGUCCGCGCAGCGCCUCGAUACUACGGCCCUCCGCAGCAGUUGCAGGCUCACGGACAACUCAAAGUCUAUCUCGGGAGGCUGCAUGUGGUUCUGUUCUACUGUGUUCUGCAUCAUCUACAGCAAUUUCUGGAACCCCUUAUGUCGAGUUCGUGUGGUAGCGGCGUCACCACCGCGGAGCGUGUGGUCACUGAAAAAAUAUUUGCCGCGAGACACGACACCACAAGGCUCAGUUUAGCCGUAGAGAUUCAUGCACCAGUUCUGCUACUACCUCAGAAGCCAUCGUCUCCAAAUCUACUAGUUCUCAACAUGGGUGACCUUCUAGUGGAAAACUUCUUCAAACAAGCGAACUUGCAUCAAGAAGCGACAAGUCCCAAUCAAAAUCCUAUAAUUGACAACAUUCUGAUCAAGCUGGUCAAUAUUACCUUCUCCCGGGCUGUCAUGACCUUGGCCGGGACUUUAGAAGUACAGGAGCCAAUCCUGGAGCCAGUAUCGAUCCGGUGUGAUGUCCAGCGAGCCUUGCGCCGGGACAUAGCGCUGGAGGCCGACGUCAUUGCGGACACCGUCAUCAUUAACCUGGGUCAGAAAGACUUGGCCACAAUAUUCGCCGUGUGGACUGACAAUUUGAGCGAUUCGCAUUAUAUUGGAAGUUUGGUUCCACCGAGCUCACCAGUGGAAGCUCCUAUGACUGACGCGUCAGUCAAAAAGCUGCAAGCCUUCUUCGCACAGGGAGAAACCAUUAGGAAGGAAGCUGUUUUGAGAUUUACCUUAGAAGGUGUGGAAUUCAAGCUAUUCUCAGACAUGGAUGAAGUCCUCAGUUCUCCCGUUCGCGACCUCAACCACGGCUUAGCCAAGUUGACUGCCGGAGAAGCCACGUUACAACUCGACUGUUACUCAGAUGGCAGCACUGAGCUUAAAGCUAGUCUGCAGAGUCUACUCAUUGAGGAUAUCAGGAUUGAUGCUGGACCCAUCAAAAGGGUGUUCGAGUCUCAAGGCGGGUCGUGCGUGGCGGCGGGCGGCAUCAGCGUGCGGCGGCCCGCGCUGGCGGAGCUGAGCGCGCGCGUGGGCCCCGCGCCGGGCGCGCAGCGGCAUGCGCACGCGCACGUCGACCGCACGCGCUGCAACCUCGCGCUGCCGUUCCUGCUGCAGCUGGCGCGCGCAUUGCUGCCCGCGCUGCCUGGAGAGAAGACAUUGGAAGGUGGCGUGGUUAAUCACGGGUACGUGGGUGAGCUGGUCUCCCGUCGAGCCAGCCAGCGACCCAGGCCUCCAAGCUCUACAGAUUCUACUAGUGGAUAUUAUUCUAAUGCGACAUCAAUCGCCGAAGAGAGCCCAGGUCUCACCAUAUCCAUCCAGUUCCGUCAGCCGGAGAUCAUGUUCUUUACUGACCUCAACAAGACCGAGGGUCACGCCUUGUUACUCCGCACUGAGCUGCUCAUUGACUACUCCUGUCAUUCUAACAGCGAGAGUCUGGUCGUGUCGCUAGCCGGGUUACAGGUGAUGUCCAAAUUGCAAUCUAAACUUAAAAACUUACCUCCGCAAGUGGUACUGAAGCCUUGUGACUUGGAGUUCUCUAAGACCCUGAAGAAUGUGGAGGAAGGCGUGCAAGUCAGGUUGAAGGUUUCGGAGAUCGAACUACAUAUAGCCGCUACCACUGUACACACGGUCAAUGACAUCCUAGACGAAAUCACAACUGAACUGACAAUUCCCGACGAGAAAGAGCUAUUCAACUUCGCAACCUACAAUCCUAAAGCGGAGAAAACUGACGAAGAACUGUGGUCGCCGAAGAAGAUCACGCCACAAGUGCUGGUCAACCCUGAACACAGUUACGCGCCCCCGAGUUAUCCCAUGGUGAAGCCUCGCGAGAGUUUCCUGGUGACCGCUCCCAGGGUGCGAGUCAUCUUCGAGAUCGAGGAGGCGGUCAGGGUGCCCGUCAUGAUAGUCCAGUUGUCAAGUGAGGUAGCUAUCCAUGACUGGUCUCGUGAGCUGCACGGCACAGCGGCGCUGAGCGUGCAAGCCCAGUGUUACAACGAACGUUUGGACGUGUGGGAGCCCGUGAUCGAGCCCAGGGUCUGCUGGGAGAACGUCUACCGCCCGUGGCAGAUCAGCGCCACUUUGUUCCAGGCAAAGGCCUACCCGAUGUCGUCUCGCCUCGAGCCAACCGAACCGGAAACGGAACCAGAUGGCUCCGUGUCAGAUCAUUCCAGAAGAUCCAGGAAGAAGAACGAAUUCGAGUCGGAAACGUCCGCCGAUGAAUGUGACACGGACAAUGAGAUGACUUUCAUCAGGAACCCAAACAGGGACUCGAAGCAUUACAGCGUGGACUUCGGCUCCGGUAACAUGUCGUUCCUGGGUGCUCUAGAUCUUGACGAGUCGGACUCAGAAAACGAGAACGGACUGAUGGACAAAUUGGCUACGGCCAUUGGACAUCUGUUUACUGAUGAUUCAAGUGCAGACGAACAGAGUAACGAAGAAGACUCGUCAGCUCCACAGAGCGAAGUGGAAGGCAGCGACCACGAGGAUAUCGACAAGAAUGUCACGUUUGUGGACGAGAAGACCAAGAAGGAGGGAGAACACAAAACCGUGACGUUGCAGGAGCCAGUAAGGGAAGACAGCGUGGACUCCGGCCUGGAAACGGACAGUUUCGCCGAGCAGACAUGCACGUACAUCAUGGUGGAAGCCAGACACGCCCUCGCCGUGACCCACAGCCCGGCGUGCGCGCGCGCAGUGCUGGCGUUCUCGCGCGCGUGCGCCGAGCGCACCGCCGCCGUCGCCGCGAUCGUCGCCGCGCAGGCUGCCCUGGUGCUCGUCAAUGAUAUAGGGCCCGGAUCCACAGUUCACCUGAAGACUCGCUCGGAGACAGACUUGGCUGGAAAUGAUAGGGUUCUAGCCAUCGCAGACUACGAUGUCGAUACGAGCCGACCAAGUACCCCUGGCUGCGAUACGUCAUCAGCUGAUUUACUUGAUGACGCUCCUAAGGAGAGUAAACCAGAAAUGACGGAUGUCACUGACGAAUGGGAUUGUUUCGAGGGCGGGUUCCCCGCGGAGGCGCCCCCCGCCGCCGCCCCCCGCCACUCCCCCGCGGCGCCCGCGACCCCUCAUCACCUCCACGCCAAGGUCACUGACCUCACGCUCUCUGUACGUCUACACGACCUGGAUCAUCUUACGAUCCUGUGCCCUCAACGUAAUGUGUCUAAGCUGCACGUAUUACAUCCCAGUAAGAACUCGACAAGAUACUACAUUGUGGUCGAGAGGACCUCAAAGUAUAACAGCAAGAAGAUUGUGGUCAGAUCUCCAUUGCAGAUUCGCAAUGAGACCUCCUACGCACUGGAGGUGUUCUACAAGAAAACAGAUCUCCAAGCAAUAAAUGCCGAACUCAUAGGCACGGUGGGAAACCCGUUCGAUGACAAGUUGCGACUGACCGUGGUCGCACCUCAGGACACGUACAACGUGCCGCUGUACAUAGCCUACCAUUGCAAGCUGUUCCUGUUGCCGUUAAAUUUCGAGGGCUACCAGACAUCCACCCAGGGUCUAUGGUGGAUGGAGUUAGCCCAGGACGUGAGUUUAGCUCGGGAUAUUGUCUGCCCGGCCAAGGCUGAUGGGGACAGUCGGGUGUUCGCCAUGAGGAUUCUCACUGUGGAAGGCUGCCAAACCCACAAAGUGUCCAGGGCCAUCCCGAACUACCUGAUUCGAGUGGUACCACCCCUGGCUAUAUACAACAGACUGCCUCACGCCCUCCAGAUUAGAACCACUGCCGGGACUACUGCCGGAGACAACACCACUGCCGCGGCGGACGCUACAGGGUGGAGCGUGCGCAUAGAAGCGGGCGAGCGUGCGCACACGCACUCGCUACAGCUGACGCAGACGCACAGGUUGACGGUGGAAAUGCACUACAUGGGCAUGCCUUGGACUGGCAGCUUUACUUUGUCUCCAGAUCUGACCGAGAAGAACAUUACAAUGAACAGUGAGUACGAGUCAGACUCAGGGGGGGCGGGGAAACUGUAUGUCUGCGUGAGAGUGGACAGGAAUGAGUGUUGGCAAUUAUAUAUACACGCUCAGCACUGGAUCAUCAACAAAACUGGAUUGCCGCUCCAACUCAAGGGCCGGCACUCGGACGCAUGGUACGAGGUGACGGACGAGCCGCUGCUGUGGAGCCCGCGCGGGCGCAGCGCCGCGGCGCGCGUGCGCGCGCACCAGUCGUGCUGGUCGCGCGCCGCGCCGCUCGCCGCCGCCGCGCCCGGGCUCGUCGUGUGCGCGCACGCAGAGAGGCGGACCAACUACAGGAUACUGCUCAACGUAACUUUAUCCGAACUGUGUCCUCAACUGACGAAGAUAGUGACCCUGCUGCCUUAUUUCCUGGUGUAUAAUGACACCAAAAGACACCUUCGAUUUAUGGAGGAGAACGAAGCGGCUGAUCUUUGGUUCGACUUAGCUCCGCAACAGUGCACGCCAUUCUGGCCCCAAACGGACUCAAUGUCUAUGCACUGCAAGUACCGUGACUCCACAGUGGUAUCUCAACACUUCCCCAUCACUAAGAACCAUUUUACCGUGCUCAGGAUGGAUAAAGGGACAGCGAUCUGCGUAGAAGUGACCGGCGGGACGGACCGCCCGUUCACGAUCACGUUCAAGGCGUUCACGCCCGGGGACGCCCCGGUCCGUGUGGACAAUCUGUGCGACGACCUGUUCCUGAAGCUGCAUCAGGCUGACAGUGGACAGGUGGCGCUGCUGAGCCCUUAUCAGUCUAUGCUGUACACUUGGGACGACCCGUCCAAGGAGAGGAAACUCCUGUGGAACAUAUACAACAAUAAGGGCAAGGGAUAUGUCGCUGAUUUCAGUCAGGACGGGUUCGGCGAAGAAAAGGUCAGUUUCCACUCGGUGAAGCACUCCACCCUGGUCGCCACCAACAGCGUGACCUCCAAACUGUCCUCCACCUUCAAACGCCUGACCCCCAAAUCUCCAGAACCUUGCUCCUCCAGCAGCGACGACUCCGACAGCUCUGAUCGUCCAGAGACCCAUCAGAAGGCGAAAAAGAUGAGAAAGGACAAAGUCAUAGUCUAUUGGGUCUCGUACAUGGAAGGUUAUCAGCGCGUUUUCGCGUUAGCUCAAGACGAAAGGAUAGCAUAUCAAUACAAAAUGAGAAUCAAUUCGGAGAGAAGUAAUUACGAAGUAUAUAUGUCCUUAUCAGGCGCAAAUCUGUCAGUUUGUGUUCAGACCAAUACGGGGGUGAAAGAGUUAGCGUAUUUGAGCAUAACGGAUACUCUGCCGAGAUGGGAGGUCAAUAUUGGUUGCAAAUGGAAGCAGUUGUCGCCAGAUUUGACGGCGUGGAUUGAGGACAAGUAUCAGAAUGACCAGAAGAAGUGCCAGUUGAAGGAGUAUCUGCAUUUGGAUUUGGAGAAAAUGCAAAUGACCAAGCCGUUCUUCUCGGAGUUGAGGAGGACGUAUAAUCCUGGCAUAUGGUUGCAAUUCAGGAAAUCAGAAACUCACACUUACUGGCAUCUGAAACUGCAAAGGUUACAGCUCGACAACCAAUUGAACGAAGCGGUUUUCCCCAGCGUCCUCUACCCAGCUCCCUUACCCUCCGAAGCCAGGUCCAGCCUCGGCCUGAAACCAAGCAUCGAAAUCGUGACCUUGAAACAACACAGACCAUCUUUAAACCAAGACGUUUACAAAUAUGUAAAGGUUCUGAUAAAGGAGUACAGUGUUAAUUUGGAUAGAGGUUUUGUCAAUCAUAUUUUUGAUAUUCUUAACCAUUGGAAGAUUGAAGAGAAGCCAGCGGUGAGGUUAAGAGCUGAUUUGGCGUUAGUACACAUGCCGUUGCCAAUUAUAGCAUUUAAAUGUCAGAAUAACGCGCAGAAGAAUGUGGUGUUCGAAUACGUUCACCUGUCGCCUAUAAAGAUUGUUCUUAGUCUGUCUUCUAGAGGAUAUCUAGCGGAGAAUACGAACAGUCCUGGAAGAACCAGGUUUGGGAACAAGAAAGAGAAUCGGCCUAAGUUGUUCAAUAGUGAUCUUUUGGAGUAUUUGUUCAAUUCCUGGGGUUCGUCGCUGUGUGAUAUGAAGGACGUUGUUUUGAGGAUGUCAUACCUGGAACUCCGCAACGCCACAACGCCGAUGUCCGGGGUGAUAGAAGCAGCAUCCAGACAUUACUGGACUCAAUUGGUCCAGCAGUUCUACGUGCUGGUCCUCGGGCUUAAUAUCCUGGGCAACCCGUACUCCCACAUCGGGGAUUUCUGUAGGAACAUGAGGAAUUAUUAUGAGCCUUGUUUGGGAGCGAUAAACGGUCGACGGGCAUUGGACGUGGCGAGCAAGUUGUCCGACAGCGCGGCCGCUCUGCUUGGCCAGCGAGCCAGCGGCGACACCGCCACCGUCUUCAGGGACGUGGUGGUCACCCACCAUAGCAGGAGACCACUGGAAGAAGAUUCAAUCAAGAACGACAUACCCGAGGCGGUGAUCCUGGGAGACUUUGCCAACCCCGCCAGCGUGGCCUUAGCGUUGACCGGACUCAUAGCAAGACCAACUUUCGACGUAUGUCGGGAAGCGGCGCGUUCAUCUUUGACUCGUCAAUUGGGGGUCAGUUCAGCGGAGAGCAUGCUGAAGGCGUGUGUGGAGAGAAGUGGGGGAAGGCUGAUAGCCCGCAGGAGACUCCCUAGACAUUGCCCUGCCACGGAUGGUAUAAGGCCAUUCUCCCAGCACGCGGCCCUAGGGCUCCAACUGCUGACGUUGCUAGGGCGCGGACACUACGCCGACACGGACGAGUACAUUGCGCACGCGCACCUCGGGCCGAAGUCUAACUGCACGCUGCUUAUAUCUACACAACACAUAUUCAUGGUCCGAGCGGGCGGUAACAGUGGGUCUUGGCACACCGAGUGGGCGGUCAAGUUGGACGACCUGAUUGGAGUGCCCACCAUACAGGGGGAUAAGCUGCAACUCAAUAUCAAGCAGGACGAGAUGGUGAGUUACUUCUCCACUGAUGAGAAGGUCAUCGAAGUGUCAGACCCCGAAGUCUUAUCAUGGCUACAGGCUAAGAUCGAGUGCGCCCUCAUACUCGCUUUGGAGGACAAACGCUGCCCCACCGAUGCAGAUUAAAUUAGUUUUAAACCUCUUGGUCCACGUCUUAAAAGAGAAUAAAUGGAAUGUUUUGGAUCAAGGUUUGAGUUGCCACAGAAAAAUUACUUAGAAAUCUUUAUGAAUUAACGUUUUAGGUUAAAAUAACUGAAAAGUCUGCAGCCGAAAGGUUAAACUUGCACUUGACUAUAUUUAUUUAUUAGGCUUACCAACAGUCGUUACAAUAUGACACGUUACAUAAGAAACAUUAAAUAAAUCAGUAAUAAUCGCUACAUCAAUUACAAGGCUAUAAAUAUAUACUGUUGGUCAGGCUGAUUAAUUUAUUACCUGACGAUUAAGUGAACAAACAUUUUACAGUGCUCACUAUUUAGACUAUAUAUUUUGAGAUAGCAUUUAAUUUUUCCUGCGUGUCAAAUCAUUACCUCACCAUUUUUUUGUUUGAAGCCAACGAACAUAAAGAUAAAAUUCUUAAAAAAUCUUUAGGCGUGGAUUAAGGUUACUAGUACUUCGGUCUAUUAAUAACAUAUAACAUACAACCCAAUCAAAUUUUCUACAUAUAUAUAUAUUUAUAUUGGCGAUGACGACGAACUGAAUUUUUGAAGCAUUUAUCAAUGUUUGAAUUGCGAUAACGAAUUAAGUCUCACAAGACUUAUUUACCUGGCAAGUAAUAACUACAUAAUAUCUUAAUUAUUAAAAGAUCAAGUUACCCCUGUCUCAGCGUAUAAAUAAUAACUACAUUAUGUUAUUACAGAAAGACAAAAAGAAACAAUUUCCAUCGACAUUUUCGACGAAAUAUCAUUAAAAUCCAAUUUUAGAUAAAUGUAAGAAAUAGGAAGAUAAUAUGUUACGUGAAAUAUUAAAUUGGUUACUUUUUUGAUGCCGCACCUACAAUAAUAAAAUUUAAAAAAAAAACGUUUACAAAUGUAAGAAGGUUGACUGUUUUUUUUUACAAUAGCAAGCAUAAUUAACGGAGAAUUAUGAGAGAGUAAAUAAAUAGGCUCGAAGUUCGAGACUCAUGUUACGAGAUAUUAACUCAACGAUACUAUAUUUUAUAAUAAGUUCUUAUAUAGAUAAACAUCCAAGGCCAAUCAAUGGCCGGGAUUAGAACCUGGGACCUAUCGCUGCGCCACGCAGGCUACUAAACACAUACUAUAUUUAUUUGAAAUUUUGAUACAAAAGUUUUAAAAACCAAGUUCCCGUGGAGAGAGAAAAAUAAAGUAUACAUAAAUAGUAGUUACCUGAAAAAAAAUGCUUAACUGCUCUACAUAUAAAUAUAUAGGUGCGGUAACACAAGCAACAAUAGUAAACUGUUUGUUAUAUGUAUACGUAAUUGUAUGUGUCAUGUAGUUUCAACAGAUUCACGAACAAAUGUCAGAACAUAUCAGACGAUUUUUUUUAAUGACAAUAAUUUUUACUGCUGCUGAAAUAUAAGGGCAUAUUUUUUUUUCUUGGAAUCUUCUUACUACCAAUAUGUAUAAAACUACUUCAUGACAAAAAUGAAACGAUUCAACAUUCUGAUUAUUUAGUUUAUAGUAUUUAUAUUAGGAAGUUUACUUUGAACAUUGAAAAAAAAAAUGUCUAUAUCUUACCCUAGUAAAAUCAUACAAGACUUUCUUAAAAAGAAAACAUUAUUUUUGUCUUGUCGACAAGUUCUAGUCAAAUGAAGCUUUAUUGCUAAUUGUUAGAAAUAAGAGAAAUUAUGAUGACCCCUUUUCUAUUCAACCUAAUGCUUAUAUGCAAAAUUAAAAAAAAAAUAACCGCGUAUUAAAUAGUUUUUUUUUCAGAUUAUGAACUAAAGCCAAUCGAAAAGUCUGUAUAAUAAACUCAUUUUAAUUUUUUUUUAUAUUUAAAAAGUAAACAACGCUUAACUUUAAUAAGCUUCUAACUUGCCGAGAGGGAUUUUGUUCAGUUUGGCAAAACGAAGUUACUUUGAUCUCAAAUUAGGUGCCCAAAAGGACGAAAUGUAUUUUAUGUUAAAUUCUUAUUAAUGAUAGUUUUUCGCUAACGAAUAUAUAACUAACCUCAUAAAAACCUCAUUUAUUAAUAAAUAAUAGUUAAGUUGCUGUUUUAUGCGUAUUAAAAUAAUAGUUGGAUUGUUUUGGGCGUAAUCAUCGUUAGAUAUCUUUGCGUAUUUGAGUUAAAGGCCUAGCCUUAUUGAAGAAAUUAUUUUCUAGAUUAAUUGUUUUAAGAAUUAAGCUAACUACAAAAUGAAACAUACA